AGAGGAGAAAGUCAAUUUUCGGUGAGGAACAUGACGGCACAAUCGCCGCUAUGGCUAGCUUAGGGGCUCUAUACCUUGACCUAGGGAAAGUAGAAAGCGCAGAGGAUUUGAUACGACGUUCCUGGAGCUGGAGGAAAAAUUAUGGCCCGGCGCACCAAGUUACAUGGCUCAGCGCUGACACCAUGGCUCGACUAUAUAGCAUCGAAACAAUUCGGACAAUCCAGAGCGCUCUAGGGCCGAGUCAUCCCCUGUAUCUCCAGAGCAAGAGCAACUUGGCAGGCAUUUAAACAGAAAGCGAAGAAUGGGAUAAAGCAGAAGGACUACUCAUACAGGUAUUAGAAGAAGCUGGAAAGCAGGAAUGGGUUCCAUAUGAUAUGCUGGCCAGAAAACAUAGACUAGCGACGAUAUAUUGGAACAAGGGACUCGUGAGAGAGUCCGAAAUUCUGGAGGGGGAGCCCGGAAUAAAUAUUCCCACGUCACAGAGGACUGGGAGUCUAUCUUGAACCUCCUUCAACAGAUGGAAUUGAGUUGAUGCUGGGUGAGAUAUACUGGGCCACCAUUCAAGGGGAAGCAAGUCAGUUAUAUAUAUAGUAUAUUAGAUUUAGAAGGCCCUUCCCCUCAUGUUGGUUCCACGAAACGGAAUAUCUCCCUUGUAAAGACUGAGGCUCCUAACUAAUGUAAUUGUCCACGCUGAAAUAAAAAUCUUCCGACAAUUGUGCAUUGUUAGC